AUAAAGAUGUUAAAAAAUACGAACUGCAGCCAGCUCACUCAGUCACCCAAGAAAAUUUAGAAAACACGAUCCACAAUUAGCCUUUAGAAAGGGUAUUUAUUCUACAAAUGUAAUCAAGGCAUUAAGUGAAAGAAAAUAUUUUCCACGAUGUUCUGAGAAUGUUGUGAAAAGGGUUUACUGUCAGUUAUUGAGUUAGCGUGUCCCUCCAUCAUUUUGAUGAAACUCUCCAGUUUCAUUCAUAUUAGUCAGAAAACACUGACCUUGAGGGAAACCUAGCAAACAGCAGCUGACACCAAACGCAGACACAGUUAGUACAGUGCCUGAGAGCGGAACAAUGAACCAGUGAGGAAGGAGGAAAACAGCCAAGCCCAAAGUCUGUCGGAUGGUGACGAGGACCAUUUCGCCUUGACGUGGCGUCCCGGUUUCUUCUCACAGAUGGUUGUUGAUCCUCGCCUCACCUCCUGCACGAGCUGUUCCUUCAGCGCUGAAUUCCAUGGAUACUUGGGAGAAUGGCUGCUUCGCUCGGAACUCUUUUGACAGUUCUUGGUGAAGUAGUAGCGGUAUUGCCAGAAUAACCGUGAGCGGUACUACCGCAAGAUCCUCAGUCUGUCCUAAACAGCUGUUCCACCCAGAUUCGACUGGUAUAUACAACAGAGCUACAUACAGAGGAGAACAGAGUUUUAAUUUUACAUUUCCUCCUAUUCUGAGUGGUCUUCCUGAUGGUUAAAUAUGCUGUCUCCCUACCCCCUUCAAUUUCUGAGCUGGACUAUUAUCAACCGACUACAGUUUUAUUUUUCGGGCAGCACCCAGCACUGUAAGUGCUAAACGGAAAACGAACUAUCGAAGCUGGACUGACGGCUGGGUGGGACGUCCCGAUUGGCUUAUUCGAUUCCGCUCUUCUGCGCUUUAGCUAUAGAUACAGUGUUUCAGACCAUUAAGAAGCUUAUCCUUCAUCUGUGUGCUGGCUUAUUCUCAAAGGACUUUCUUUAAGCCGUCCAUCCCAUGCCUGGCUGGCUUCCUGCUGCUGCUGGUGGUGGACGGACAGGGGCAGACAUGACUGCUUUGGGAAUUCCAAAGGGAGCCAAGAGUGAGAAGGUAGAUGAAGCACAAGCUCUCGCUCGCAGUUGUGCAGGCAGGCCUGACUUCCAGCCCUGUGAUGGUCUCUCCCUCUGUGCUACUCACAGCCAUGGCAAAUGUUUUAAACUUCACUGGUGUUGCCACCUAGGCUGGUGCCACUGUAAAUAUGUGUAUCAACCAAUGACACCUGUUGAGCAUCUGCCCAGCACAGAAAUUCCAGUCAGGCCAAGUGAGCACUCCAAUACAAUUGAGAUCUCCAUCUCCUUAACAGAGCGAUUCCUAAAGAUAGCAUCUGUCUUCCAGCCACCACUGCCCCCAGACUCACCUCGCUACUGUAGUAUCUCAGAUCUUUUUGUUGAUGACUACCAGGUUAAACGCAUCAAUGGCAAGAUGUGUUAUGUGCAGAGGCCUCAGCAUCCAAAAGAACUAAGGCCAGAUACUACUACCAAGAAAGCUGCUUCUGUUGAAGCUAAAGACAGUUCACCUACAAAGAAAGACCAUUUACCAAAAUUAGACCCAUGCUCUUCUCCAUCCAGCUCUGAAGACUCUGGGAUUAAUGCACUUGGAGCACAUUAUAUGGAAUCAUGUGAUGAGGACUCAGAACAAGAUGAUGGGGAUGAUCUCAGUUCUGAUGACGAUUCCAGCCCAGAAAGCAACUGGGAUCAAGAGGAAUGCACCCUUGUUUCUCCAUCACAGUCUAAUGUGGAAAUUAUUGAAACAAUAGAAACUACUGUAUAAAGUUUGCUAUUUUUUUAGUUAUAUUUUCUAUUGAACCACUUUAGUGACUUUUGUAUUCUGUUUCAUAGAUAACCUUAACUGCUUUUAGCAUUCACACUGCUUAGAUGAAUAACUAGGCACUUAUAUACUUGUAUGUUUCCACAUUGAAUCACUUCUUUUGUUGUAGGACACAGUAUGGUAAUGGGAAACUUUGCAGCUGUGUUUAUUUUCAGUAAUAUUGAUAAAUGCAACAUACAGCGGAAUUGCCUUUUAGAAUUCAUAUAGAAGAUUGCACAAAGACUUACAGUGCACAGAGGUUAGCAGUGUACUGAGUAGAGCACAAUACUUUGUAUGUAUCAGUGAAGAUCAUAAUUUAGCACAUGUAUAUUUAUGUUGCACAGAAGAAAGUCGAAUAAGCACAAUCAAUGCUGAAAUUAUAAUGAACUGGCAAGGGAUUCCCAAAACUAAGAAUGUAGGCCUGAUAAUUAGUUUGGAUAUCCUAAAAUAUAAUGAGACGGGGGUGUACAUCUCCCCUUGGCUCCCUACUACUACUUAAACAAACAAAAAGAAAAUUCCAACAUGUAGGAAAAUGUAAAUACCUUUGUCAACAUGGAUGGGUAUGCCUUUAUAAAUGCUCAGCCCAAAUAAAACAGAUCUGUGACCUAGGUUACUUACUUAUAAAGUGGUUAAGACUCAGUGGCCACACAAGGUUGUAUACACAGCAUAUUUAAGAAGAGAACAUGACCCACAUGGUAGUUAAACACACUUGCUUUAGGCCAACACAAAUGUCUAUGAUUUUGCAAGCCUUGGAACUGGACAGUAAUAUAGUGCAACACUGUGGAUAACACAGUGCCUUGUAUUUGACCUUUACAGAUGUCUAUGCACACAUAAACAUUUGGUUACAAAUGACAGCUGCAGUAAAUUGCAGUUCAUGAGUAUUGUUAAAAGAACAUGUUCAUCUGUAUUACCAUUUGUCACUGGUUGCAUGUCAUAAUACAGGGUGUGUACAACUUGCCUGAAGUUAGUCAGCAGCCAUUACAGCAGGCUUGGGUUUUUGGAUUUACAGUGGAUAAGCCAAAUAAAAGAUGGCAAUGUUUAAACAUUUAAAAAAAAUAUAUAUAUCAGACAUUAACGCCAACAUGUAUUCCAUAACCAUAUGACUGUUGUAUAUUUUUAGUCACUGCCAAAAAAUUCUGAUUUAUGAUACUGAAACUAUACACCUAAUAAAUUUAUUACAUUUCUAAACUUUUAAUGCAGAAAUGUAGAUACUUUUCCAAACAAAAGGAUUUGUGUGUGUGUGUGUGUAUUUGUUACAAUGACACAUUAAACCAAUGUGCUGCUUUCAUUUUUCUGUUGUUAAAAGCACAUUCUGAUGUGCUACCUCUUACUUCUUAGUAUGUUCAUUUAUAAAUAUUUUUAGCAUACAUUUGGCUGGCGUAUAUAUCAUGCAAUGAUACAUGUUUCACAUGUCUGGCCUAUUGUUUAUGUCACAUAAACCUUGAGAAGAUAAUUGCUAAAGAAGAGAAAGGCUAAAAAUUCUGUUUUAAUAAAAGAAAUGCCAGGAAACCAA